UGUGUUUUGGCUUCUCUGACCCGGUCUAGCAGAGCCUGGGCACUGAAGAAAUGCUAAGGAGGAGCGCUAGCUGUGGUUCGGGGGCAAAUAAGUCUCUUGGCUGAGUCUGAUUACCCACUUGGAAUAUUUGUAUUUCAUUAGAACUGACACCGAGAAGCAUGUUUGAUUUGGAAUGAAUUCCAAGCAGGAACAAGUUUCAGCAUCUGCAUUUCCACUGUCAGCGUGAUGAGGGACAAAACAGAAGGGGAAUUCUAAGCACCCAGUAUCAGGUGUGUGUCUGAGGGAGCUGGGGAAAGCCAGCUCCUCCCCCAGAGUGGGAGGCCGUACCUGGUGAUUAACUCACAAGCAGAGGAGUGGAGCUCAUGCUGAGUCCUGAAGGAACCUGUUGGGCGGAGCUCUGGAGUGCAGGAGGGCUAGGAAAGCUGGAGUCGGACAGAGGACUAAUCCAGCUGGAGAGGCGCUUCUUAGCAUCAACAGCUCCAGUCAUGUUCAACUACCUAGCAGUAGAGGUGAGACCCCAGUUCCACCGCAGCUAUGGGGGCCAGCAAGGGGCGCCUGGGCCACUGAAGAGCCGCCUAGAGCAGCUGAAGAAGCCGUGGUGGAGGGAGCCCACCCCUCUGGUGCUCCAGCACAGCGAAACAGCCAGGCUUGCCAUAGAUGCCUUUCUUGAGCAGGGGGAACGCGGCUACCUGGGUGCCAUCGCCGAGGAGCGGGAGCUGCCUUUUCUUUCCAGCCUGGACAUGGAAUAUAUGAACCAUCAGAGAAACCAAAGCUUUCUGGAUCCCUGUGCAAUGAAAGACAAAGAGGCUGAUGCUUGCGAUGCCGACACUGGAGACAGGUCCUCCCUCAACUCUGAGCUAACGUCUGGCACCUACUUCCCGCUCAUGUCUGAUGUGCACCCUCCAGAGCUGGAGCUGGGGUGGCCAGGGAUGCCGCUCCUCACAGUGUCUGGCCAGACUCAAGCCACUGUGAUUUUCCAGCGAAACAAAGCUAACAGCAUUAAGGAUUUGCUCCGGUCUCUGAUCAGCCGGGCACGGACGGUGAUAGCAAUUGUGAUGGAUCUGUUUACAGACAUGGAAAUACUGUGUGACCUGCUGGAGGCCUCAAGCAGACGGCAUGUCCCUGUGUACCUGAUCCUGGAUGAAGAGUACUUGAAGCAUUUUGUGGAAAUGUGCAAUAAAAUGGCUCUUACUCAGGACAACUUCCCAAACAUGUGCAUAAGAUGUCUGAGUGGAGACACGUACUACAGCAAAGCAGGCAAGAAAUUUGCAGGCCAGGUUCUGGAGAAGUUUAUCCUGAUUGAUUGUGACCAAGUUCUUGCUGGUACAUACAGUUUCACCUGGCUUUGCAGCCAAGUCCACACCAGCCUGGUGACCCACUUCCGCGGUCAAGUUGUUGCAGAGUUUGAAAAGGAGUUCCGGUACUUGUAUGCAGAGUCCAGAGCAGUGACCAGCUUCUGUGUGCCAGAUCCCAGAACGUGCCCCUCUUCUCAGAAUACCUCAAAAGUUGCCAACUCCUUUUUAGAACCCCCACAGGUGAAUGAUGCAGGCACCUCAAGCCCCUCUAGCAGCCUGUCCAAUGUAAGCAUCAGAAGCAUAAAAAUGUCUCCCUUUCUGAAGAACUCCAGCUGCAAUGUGCACCAGGAAAAGCAAGAUUCCAGCUCUGAUUCUGGUAACAAGAAGGGGAAGGAGGACACACCUCUGAAGCCCAUUUGCCCUAAGCAGGAAGGAGAACCACCAGACUCACUGCACAGUCCUCCAAAUCAAUCCACCCUGGCCUUGUGUCACAAAUCCAAUCUCGUGACAGCAAGGACAUUCUUGCAGCCAGAGCCUUCCCCUGCCCUGAGCUCCAAUAAACCUGCUUAUCCAGGGGACAGUAAGGCUAGCAGCAGCCACUGCUCCCCACCGAGGCAGGAGCAGACAUUGCCAUCCCUUUCGGAGGGUGCCAGUAGCAAUGGGAUGAGCACGAAGCAGAAAGGGCCCGCUGCUACCUCCAGGGAGGUGACAGCAGAAAAUGACAAUGCUCUUUAUGGGAUGGAAAAAAGACAGAGUCCUGGACUGGGAAAAUUGGACCUGUUAUCCCCAUACACCCAGCUAAAACGAGAUAAAAAGCCUGUGGUUCCCUGCUAUGAUAAACUCCCCGAGGACAUGCUGAUGGAAAAGAACAGCGCGUACGGGGCUGAGAAAAGACUGACUCUGGGGCACAGUAAGCUCGAUCUAAUCACCAAGUACAACAAGUUAAAAUCUAAACAUAUACACAGUCGGUUUGAACUCUGACCUGGGCCACGAGGGCUCCUUCGGUCAUAUUUCCAGUGGUGACGUUUCCCCACCAAUCAUCAUACCUGGGGUGAAAAUCAAAGUAUGGGUGGCAAAUUACUCUUGCUCCUAUUAAAAGGUGUCUGUGCUGUUUCUGAUAUAUGCAGGUGACUGAUUCAGAUGCGAUU